AUGCCGUCCUACGAAGAAUCCUACGGCCAGCAAGCCGCCCAAGCAGCAGGCACAGGCGCGACCGACACCGAUGGCGCCGUGCAAGCACCACCCGACGCACGAUCUACCUCUGACCUCCCACCUGCCGCCCUCGACCUAGCAGCGCGCCUCUUCGACCUCGCCCGCAGCGGGGACACAUCGACCCUCUUGCAAUACGUCAGCGCCGGUAUCCCCAAGAACCUCACCAACUCAUCCGGCGACACACUUCUCAUGCUAGCGUCAUAUCAUGGCAAGGCUGAGACUGCGAAGAUGCUGCUAGACAACGGCGCGGACGCGAAUGUGCUGAACGGGAGGGGUCAGAGUCCUAUUGCGGGGGCUGUGUUCAAAGGGUACGAUGAUGUUGUUAGAGUGCUGUAUGAGGGGGGUGCAGACGUAGAGAAGGGACAGCCGAAUGCGGUGGACUGCGCGAGGAUGUUUAAGAGAGGGAAUUGCUUGAAAUUGUUUGGUGUCGAGGAAGGAGAGGGGACCGUGGUGGAUGUCGAUGCACAUGCUGUGUCGUAG